AUGGGGUUUGAAGACAAGCGAAUUGCAAUCAUCGGUGGCGGCCUAGGAGGCAUGUCCUUCCUUAAUGCCGCACUGUAUGCCGGCCUGAAGAACGUGCAACUAUACGAGCAAGCAGCGCAAUUCGGCGAAGUCGGUGCCGGUGUUAACAUCACCUCGAACGCAAACCGGGUCCUGGACGCCUUCGGUCUGCAAGAGAGCAUGAUGCGCAGGUCCUCACGUAAACUGCCCAGUUAUAUGCAAUACCACAAUUACAAGACCGGAGACUACGUAGGUCACAUUGGUGAAUUCUCGGAUCCACACGCUCGCCUAUUGCAUCGCGCCCAUCUACUGGACUCGCUGAAGGAGCGCGUGCCCGAAUCAAACUUAAACUUGGGUAAGCACUUGGCAUCCAUCGACCGCAACACUACCGCCGGUGCUGCACCAUACACACUUCAUUUCCAGGAUGGCAGCACUGCCGAGGCAGAUAUUGUGAUUGGAUGUGAUGGUAUCAAAUCUAAUGUGCGUCGGGAUAUGGGCCUGGGAGAUGACCCCAACUACUCUGGCCAGGUUGUGUAUCGUGGAUUCGUCAACUACAAGGACCUACCCGCUGAGACAGCGCAAUUGUUGCGCAAGACCGUUAACUUCCGUGGACCUAAGCGACAUGUCUUGAUCUUGCCUAUUGGUAACCAAGAGACGGGGACAGACCGUGCUGCCAUUAUCGGUUUUAUGUCUGAGCCGCUUGAGGCAUGGGACUCAGAGAGUUGGAUGUCCCGCUCGGAUAUUGAUAGUCUUCAGGAGCAUGUCCAUGACUGGUGUCCGGAGGUGCAGCAUAUCAUUGCUGGUCUCCGUAAGAGCUCCGAGGACGGUAAGAUGCUCAAACAGGCGCUGUACGUGCGUGAUCCGAUCGAAAAGUGGUAUGAAAUGAAGAGUGGGCAACAUGAUGCUGGUAUUAUUCUGCUGGGUGACUCGGCGCACUCGACUCUUCCUCAUCAAGGUCAAGGAACAUGCAUGGCGAUUGAAUCUGGAAUUGCCCUUGCAACUGUGCUUAGACACUGGAAAACGGAUGACCUAGAGGCUGCAUUCGGGUUCUACCAGGACCUGCGCAAGCCCCGGACAGACCGGGUCACCAAUACUAGCUACGAAGCCGGCAAGCUGGCUAGCUCAGACUCUCCCGAUCAGAUGUCCAGCAACUUCAAUCCAGAUGCACUUAUGGAGCGCAUGAAGUGGAUUAUGGAGUAUAAUGUUCUAGAAGAUUUGAAGGCCAAGGGUCGGGGAUAUUUGGACUUUCAAGAUUCGCGCUUGUAA